AUGCAUCGUGGAAAUGAUAAGCGAUCCAGGGGCUAUAUGGCCAAUCGAGGGGGAUCCUCCAACAAAAGAAAUUACAGUCAAGCAUCAUCACCUUGCGAGCAUUUUCAACGCGGAAGGUGUCGUUAUGGUAGCAAAUGCAAAUACUCUCAUCAAAUGGCCGGGGUCGCCGAGUUCCAGUCAAAAUCGGCCGUUAACCAACGAACGCCUGCCAACCCAGAGGCUCGGAAUCGAUACUUCGAUUGGAAAAGACUUCUUCGUGAGGGUCCCGUGCGAACCGGUCAUAUUCAAAGGGGAAAUGAUACUCUGGCCGAUUUUUGGAAUGGGGCUCUCAAAAUCUUGGAAAGCAAAAGUACCGAGGAUCAUCAGUUCCUCGCCAAAGAUCUUGUGAACGAUGAGUUACGAGGGUUUGCAUUUAUCCUAGCAACUGCUCAGUCGGACAUUUUACCAAAUUUCGAUCAGAUCUCGUCUCACCACGAGGCCUUUUUGAAAGUUAUUACUCAUGCUUCUCUGUUGAGCUGUCUGUCCGUUGAUACUUUUGUUGGCACUUUUUACACAUACUUCAGUGGUACCAAUGGAGAUCGAGCAAUCACAUACCUCUCAGGCAUCUCCCAGAAGUUGAUGGCUUGGCAGGAUAGCACCGAGGUUACCCCAAUGGUAUCCUUGAGUAUGUUAAAUUUGAUAUUGAACGUUCUUUACCAGCUGUUGUCAAGGGUCCGUCAUUCUCGAUUCCACGCCGAACUUCCUCGGUUGCUCGACCUCACCCACGCGAUGAAAUCCAAGAUCACCGAAACAAGCUCCCAAGCCGACCUGGAUGGAAUUGAGAGCAGAACCGAAAUAUUGACAAAUCUGGUCAACAACGCGAACCGCAGUCUGUGUGCACCAAAGCCACAAGAAGACAUUUCCCCGAAGAGUAAUCAGGUCAUGUCGUCCUUUCCAAUGGACUUGCAGAUCCCUGGUGGAAGACACGACAAUGACCUAGCCGAGAUCUCUCGAAUUCAAAUCCUUCCGACCCAUGGGGAGAUUUUGAGCGGUGAUACAGAAUAUCUACCCUCUACCAACUUCCUCCAGUCCCACAUUUUGACCGAUCCAUUGCAGCGAUACAUUGAUUCAACAUUCCGGCUCUUACGCCAUGAUAUCUUUGCCUCGGCCAAAGAUGUCCUCAGAGAUCUCCUGCAACAGAAUGAUUUGACCCAAGUCCUCCACCGCUUGGGUAAGGCCAAUGGGGCGAAUUUCUACCUGGGGGCACGUGUCCGACACGUCUUUAUCAAUGAGAGAAAUGAGCUUGAAGCAACUUUAUCAUUCCAUCCACCGCCAGAAUUGCGCAAGAAAACUUCAAGCGAGCAGUGCAUAUGGUGGCAAGGCUCCAGUCGGUUAGAUCAGGGGAGCUUGGUGUGUUUCUUGCCAUCGCAAGGAACGAACAGAAGGAUCAUCUUUCUUGAGGUCACUGAAAAAAAUUGUUCGAAGAAUCGAGGGCAUCAGAACAGCAGCAGUCUGGUCUCAGAGAAGUUCGCGUCCAGUAUCACAGUGAAGCUUGCAUCGUUUCAACAAUCGGAAUUGCUGCUCCUGAGCUAUCUCUACAGCAAGAAGGUUCCUGGGAUCCUCGUCGACUUCCAUGGGAUGAUCCCUGCGACAUUCAUGCCAAUUCUGAAGAAUCUACAGCGAAUUGAACGCGAAGGAGAAUUAUCAUUUCAAAAGUGGAUCCUGCCAGGCCGGUCAAAUGACGGAGCUGGUCAUAUAAUACCCCCACCGGCGUAUGCACGCAGAAAUGGGUUUGUAUUUCCACUGACUUCCAUCACGAAGCUGGGAGUUGCGAGCGCCGCCCUGGACCCAAGAGCCCCGGAGUCUAUCGACCUCUUGAGAUUGGAAAAUCAGACUGGACUCGACUAUGGUCAGUGUCAGGCUCUUAUCGCGGCUCUCACUCGAGAAUAUGCCCUCAUCCAAGGCCCGCCAGGCACUGGAAAGUCGUACUUGGGAGUGAAGAUUGUUCAGGCGCUCCUCGAGGUCAAGCGCGAUGCAAAUCUCGGCCCGAUAAUGGUGAUCUGUUAUACCAACCAUGCCUUAGACCAGUUCCUGAAACAUCUUCUUGAUGUUGGGAUCGAGAAGAUCAUACGCAUUGGUGGUCGUAGUCAGGCUGCUGAGCUCGAAGGAAAGAACCUUCGGGUCAUUAGCAAGGACAUUGCGAAGACAAGAGUAGAAUCUCAAACACUUGGCAUGUCCUAUGGAGCUAUUGAUUCUUGCAUGAAUGCUGCUGGAAGCUGCUUGAAACCUCUCCACCAGUCCCACAAAGGUUUAUCUUGGAACGCGAUAGAGCCCAGCUUGAGACGCAGAUGGCCCGGCAUACAUCGACAGUUUGAAAAACAGGACGAAGAGGGAUUUACAACAGCCAGAACGGAUGUACUUCUUAACUGGCUCGGUUUAAAGUCAAUGAAGACACAGGAAGAUAAUCACGACGAUGGAAUUAACGAGGUGCGCUUGCAAGAACUGACACGUGCUGCAAAUAGAGAUAUUCACACUCUCACCAUGUCGGAUCGCCAAGUUCUCGCAAACAGCUGGUUCAGAGAGCGGCAGGAAGCUGGGGCUGCUUCGCUUUUUGAGGCUGUUGAUCAGGCAAUGUCCCAUCGCCGAGACAUCAACGCUGUUCAUGAGGAGAUUGACCGCCGAGCUCUGGUUCAAGCAGACGUGAUAGGAAUUACUACCACCGCACUUGCACGACACGUUGAGACCCUACGGCGUAUCAACGUCAGGGCCAUGAUAUGCGAGGAGGCCGCCGAGGUGAUGGAAGCCCACAUUAUCUCGGCUUUAAUGCCUGGUGUUGAACACUUCAUCCAGAUUGGGGAUCAUAGACAACUGCGGCCGCAGAUUCAAAACCACUCGCUCAGUAUUGAAUCGUCCUCAGGGAAAAAAUGGCAGCUAGACCGAAGUCAGUUUGAACGGCGCGCUGUUGGCGAGCCAGGUCUAAGCCCAGUCCCCGUUGCACAACUCAACAUACAGCGAAGAAUGAGGCCAGAGAUUUCGCAGCUUAUUCGCAGUGUCUACCCACGCCUCGAAGAUCAUGAAUGUGUAAUGACCCUGCCGAAGGUUGUGGGAAUGCGUGACAAUCUCUUUUGGCUCGAUCAUCGCCACGACGAAGACUCGAGAGAUAACGGCAGCCGUGUUAAGUCUCAUGGCAACCAAUGGGAGGUCGAUAUGGCAACCGCCAUGGUUCGGCAUCUCGUUAGACAAGGAGAGUAUACGAGUACAGACAUUGCUCUGUUAACCCCAUACACGGGACAGUUACGAAAGCUCAGAGCAUCGCUCAGCAAUGACUUCGAGAUCUGUCUAAGCGAGCGGGACUUGGAGACAUUGGCUGCGGAUGGGAUAGAGAACCAUGGCACUGGGAUUGUCGAAUCGAAGAACCCGGAAUCGACCGAGAAAAAGACGCUUCUUCAAACGCUCCGUCUUGCCACAGUAGACAACUUCCAAGGCGAGGAAGCAAAGGUUAUCAUUGUCUCUCUUGUUCGCAGUAACUCACAACACAAAGUCGGCUUCCUUCGCACUCAAAAUCGCAUCAACGUACUCCUGAGCCGAGCCCAGCACGGCAUGUACAUUAUUGGGAACUCCGAGACAUACCUCAAUGUUAAAAUGUGGGCGGAUGUCCACUCUCAACUUGCCCGCGCAAGUGCUGUGGGCACGGAGCUGGCUCUCUGCUGUCCUCGUCAUCCUGAAACUCCCAUCCUUUGCUCCGAACCCCAUGACUUUGAGCGAAAAAGUCCUGCAGGGGGGGUGCAGUCUCCCAUGUGCCCGUCGCCUCGAGCCAUGUGGGCACCAGUGCCAAGCUAUGUGCCACUCGGCGCUCAUGCAUGA